UGUUACAAAAAAAGUGCAAUCAAAAUUUAUAAAAAUGUGUAAUGUGUAUACAGUGAAGAUAAUAUUUAAUAAACACUGCAUUUGAAUAUACUAUGUUGGACACAUUUUUCUGCAACAUUGUCUAUCUACCACGGACUCGUAGAUGUCGUUGAAAAGCUUGUUGAAGUCGGUGCUUUUCGGCGUACCAAUUGGAAUUACAUUUUUAGACACAAUAGGAUAUGUAGCUCGGGUGGAAGGUAUCUCAAUGCAACCAGCUCUCAAUCCGGAGUCAAGGAACACCGACUAUGUGUUCCUGUCGCGCUGGUCAGUCAGGAAUUACACAGUAAAGAGAGGCGACAUCAUAUCCCUAGUAUCACCGAAGGAUCCGAAUCAGAAAAUCAUAAAGCGUGUCGUAGGGCUCGAAGGUGAUGUGGUCAGCACACUCGGAUACAAAAAUCAGUAUGUCAAGGUACCAGAAGGCCACUGCUGGGUCGAAGGUGAUCACACUGGCCACACCUUAGAUAGCAACACAUUUGGUCCAGUUUCUUUAGGCUUAAUUAAUGCUAGAGCAAUUUACAUCGUAUGGCCACCGGAGAGAUGGCAAAGCUUAGAAGCUAAACUGCCUGAAAGCCGAAAACCUGUUAGUCUGCCAAUUUAGCUUAACAAAUUUUAAUGUAAAUACUAAACCAAAUUAUAAUUUGUAAAGUACUGUGCUAUUUAUUUUGUAACUGUUGUAAAUGUCUAAGCUAUGUUAUGAUUAACAUUUGCUAUAAAAUAAAGGCUACUUAGUAGUGUUGUUAUUGAAAUGCUUGAUAUAUUUUUUUCCCA